CCAGGAUUUGAAGUCCGCAGACUCUCCAUUUCGUCUUCAUAUUCAAAGUGGAGCAGCCGAUUCUUGAGGAACAGAUUCUUCAAUUUUGCUUUCCAGAUUUGGGGAAGCUAAAUCUGUGAGCCAAAGAUCGAGGAACGAGAGAGAGAGAGAGGAAAUACCGGCGAGAUAUGGCCAGGAGACCCGACGACGACUAUGAUUACCUCUUCAAAGUUGUGCUAAUCGGCGAUUCUGGCGUUGGAAAAUCCAACCUCCUUUCCCGAUUCACUCGGAAUGAGUUUUGCUUGGAGUCCAAGUCCACCAUUGGCGUCGAAUUCGCCACUCGUACUCUUCAGGUUGAGGGAAGAACUGUGAAAGCCCAGAUAUGGGACACAGCCGGUCAAGAGCGAUACAGAGCGAUAACCAGUGCUUACUAUAGGGGUGCCCUUGGAGCUCUUCUCGUGUACGACGUAACAAAACCGAUGACAUUUGAUAACGUAAGCCGUUGGUUGAAGGAACUCAGAGACCAUGCAGAUUCCAACAUAGUCAUCAUGUUAAUCGGAAACAAGACUGAUCUGAAACACCUCCGAGCGGUGGCAACGGAGGACGCUCAAAGCUAUGCCGAGAAAGAAGGGCUGUCGUUCAUCGAAACAUCUGCUCUUGAAGCAACAAAUGUGGAGAAGGCUUUCCAAACAAUUCUCUCAGAGAUAUAUCGGAUAAUCAGCAAGAAGUCCCUCAAUUCAGAGGAGCCCGCUGCUGCUGCUGCUAACAUCAAAGAAGGUAAAACCAUUGUGGUUGGUGAAUCUGAGGCCAAUUCAAAGAAGCCUUGUUGCUCAUCUUCUUAAGUUCGCAAAAUAUUUCCACAAUUUUUGGAUCUCUCUCUCUAUCUCUUCUUUGUUCAUCUGCUCGUUGAUUACUUUCUAGUUACCAACUCUGUUCUGUUUUUUGUUUGCUUGGAUUUACAUUGAUAUAUAAUUUACAUAUAAUUCAUAUUUUACUUCAGAA